AUGAGCUACUUUACGACUGGUAGCACUGCUCUUCCCUAUGGGACCUACAAUCCCCAAAGAAACGGCCCAAUUGGCCACUUGCAACAACCACUGAUCCAAGGCAUACAGACCCAUGGUCCCCCACACGAUCCAAACUCAGCAGCUGCUGCCGCAGCAGCUGCGCAGGCCCAGGCCCAGCAGCAAGCUCAGUCACAGCCCCGGGCCCAGGGACAGCAAACACCCGUCCAGCCACCUCAAGCUCAGAGCACAACCGACCCCAAACCUCCAGUUUCCGGGGUUCCCCCCAAGAAAGAACGUAAAAACCGUCCUGGUCAAAAGUUUGGGGCCAAGAAGAAGUCUUGGGUAUGGAGUUGGUUUGUCCAGGACUCGUCCAACCCCAACAUCGCUGCCUGCGACUACUGUGGCAAGAUCUUGGUCAGACUCCCUUCAGACAAAGGCUCGCCAAAGAAGCUCAUCGAGCACUUGAAAACCCACAAGUUGACAAAGGAGACCAUCAACUACUCGCGUGCAAUUCCAAUCGAUGGAUAUGGCGUGACUUAUACCAACAAUGGUGAUCCAAUCAGCUAUCCUGCCAACUACCAAGAGUCUGCUGCGGUUCCAGACACCUCCAAUGCAGGGUUGGCUCACGAUGUGGGCGUCAAUGCUCCCAUACAUGCGUUAGAAGAGGGCAAGAAAAAGAAGAAGCCAGAACUGUUUGAUGUCAGGUCCAACCGCAGAUUUCUCUCGGCCGACUUCGACAAUACCCCCUACACAUCCAUGAAAUUCCAUAAACACUUGAUGAAAUUCUUGACGGAAAAUAAGCUUCCCAUCAAUGCCAUCAAGUCCCACUCAUUCCAGCAACUUAUAUAUGAUUUGCGGUCGGAUUCGGUUGCAGAUUUAUUGGAAUUGACGAGUUUGUACAGCUCGCUUUUGGAGGUCAGCAGAUACAGUGACGGAGCGGGAGAAGGAGAUCUGGAGAGUCAGGCAGUGAGUGCCUUGGUGAGUGUGGUUGAGAACAAAUGA